CCUUUCUGUUCAUCACAAAAAAAAGUAACCAUAAUGUCCUUCCUCGUCUCGUUGACUCGAUCGAUGGCUCCUCGCCUAAGCACUCGUUCCAUGGCUGCAACGGCCAUCAUGGCUCGCUAUCAGAAUCAGAUCCAACUUCAGAGCAAUGCUGCUUCUAUCGCUACGCUUCCUUCUUCUGGAUUCGGUGCCACUCGUGGAAUGAAAGUCAGGGCUUCGGUCAAGAAGAUCUGUGAUGGUUGCUCGUCUGUUAAACGUCGUGGUCGUGUCUUUAUUAUUUGCAGAAAGAAUCAAAAGCACAAGCAAAGACAGGGCUAAAUAAUAAUAAUAAUAAUAAUAAUAAAGUAAAAAAGUCAGAUCUAAAGUGCCUGGAUCAGAGGUGGAAAAAAAGGUAACAGCUAUUAUUCAAAGAUGGAUCGUAGAGAAGAUACCAGGUAGGGCAGACAUGAGCAGGAGUAAUUCUAAUAUGGAAGAUCAAGAUCAACAACUGUAACUCCGUGAAAUUGACAAUCUUUUUUCCUUCAUGUUAGAUCACAGUUCUUGAACAGGAUACGACAUCGAACAGGG